GAUACAUUUAUCAAAACUGCCAAAAUAAAAACAGAAACUACAGAAAACUUAAUAACAUUACCAUGCGGGGAUUUGACAUUAAGCUGCAAACCUUUACCUCUGCCAGGUGAAAACAUCCUUCGUCGUGAAGCCCCGCCUACACACCAAUCCAGACACCCCGAUACCUCUAAUCCACGAAGUCACGCCCACAAGCCAUUCAAACCCGCCUUAUAACGAGCGGCCAAAACAGGAGGCGGCCAGACGAAGCAUUCAGUGUCCGCUUAAGCUCCCUCAGCCCGCAUGACCAGGCGAACCUAGCGCGGACUUCUGUCCUAAACGUUUCGGUUUGAUUUACUCGGAAACGUUUCUGUACGAGGUUGGAAACAUGGCUUUGGCGGACGCGCUCUUGCCGUCCAUCAGCACCUUCUCAGAGUGCCAGACCCUGGAGGAAAAGCAUGCUGAAAUACUGCGUGACUGGUCACCGGCUGGGUCAGAGGACGCCUCAAAGCCGCUGAUCGAGCUCGAGUUCAGCAUCGUGGAGUCCAAAGACGAGGACGAGCUUGCCAAGUUUCUGGAUCUGGAGUUUAUUCUGUCCAACUCUCUCUCCGGAGAGGCCCCGGCCCCGCCUCCUCCCGCCGCUUACACCCUGCCCGAGUCUCCGGAUAGCUGCGGCCACGCGCACGACGCGCACGGACCGCUGGUGGCCGAGCUUCUUUCGUCACCGGACGCGAACUACCGGGCUGUGGACUACACGGACCUCGGAAAUCAUCACCACGUUCCUGCGCACGCCUUGGCCUACGGCCUAAAAACGGAGCGCAGCGAGCGGUCGUGCAUGAUGACAGCCGACUACCCGGGACAGUUUUUUGAAGCAAAAGCGCACGGCAUGGGGGUUGGGAUCGCGCACGAGCAGCACGCACACGCAUUCGCCCAGCAGGUGCAACAGCUCUCCCGGGACCUCCAGCAGCAACAACAGCACCAGCAUCAUCUUCACCAGCAGCAGCAGCAGCAGCAACAGCCGUCUUACGUGCACGCGCAGCCGUACGCGUCUCAGUACCCGCAGCACUAUCACGGACACUAUGCCGCGUACGCGCAGCAACAUCAACAGCAGCACCCGGGCUUGAACGUGCUCACCCCACCUACUUCACCGUUGCUGGACCUUCUGCGCGCGGAUGAGCAGAGCAGACCUAGGCGCGGGAGGCGCACUUGGGCGCGGAAGCGCGCGGCCACGCACAGCUGCGAGUUCGCGGGCUGCGGGAAGACCUACACCAAAAGCUCCCACCUGAAAGCGCACAUGCGUACACAUACUGGUGAGAAACCCUACCACUGUAACUGGGAGGGCUGCGGCUGGAAGUUCGCCCGAUCAGAUGAGCUGACCCGCCACUACAGGAAACACACCGGGCACAGGCCCUUCCAGUGCCACCUGUGCGAGAGGGCUUUCUCCCGCUCAGAUCACCUGGCCCUGCACAUGAAGAGGCACAUGUAAAUGACUGUAGUUCUUUUCUAUUCGAGGCUAACCCUGCUCUGGGACGGCAGCUGUACAUACGACGACGAAGACAUGGACUUUUAUAAAUUAUAGCAGUAUUUAAGAAGGAGAGAGAUUUCCUGAGGCAAUAAGUUAUUUAGAGAUGACUGAGAUGAGCUUCGGAAGAGAAACAGGGCAGGACCCCUAUUUUUGUACAUAUUGGUUUUGUUUCUUAUACAGAGAUUGUUCAUACAUUUAGGUCAAGACAGGUAAAGCUUUCGUUUGGUUUUAUAGUGGAACACAGGACUCUUAUUUGUACAGAGAGAUAUUUUAGAUAUAUCAGAGAUAUAUGUAUGACUCUGUUGGGCUUCAGGAAUGUUCUAUCAGGUACUUAAAUGGAGUUUAAAGUGCCCUGCCUUUAUCGUUCACUGAAUCAGAAGUGGAAAGCUUAUAUGCUACCUGUUUUGUAAUCUACAUACUUGAAUAUUGUGUAUUUUUUGUAUAUAAACUUUGAAUUACAAUAUAAAAACUUGUUCACAUUC